AUGGGUCCAAAGAAGAAACUUUCUGGAUGUCAGUUUAAGAACAUCCGAAAAGAAAAACAAAAAGAGGACAAGAAGCUAGCAUCAGCACUUGGUGGCUGGCUUUUAAAUGAAAAUAAAGAAAUGGGAAAAAAAGAUACACCUUCUCAAAUACAAGAAGAAGUUAAAGAAGAAGACAUCAAAAAUAAUGAAGGCGAAGAAGAAGAAUGCAGCAUGAUACCUUUAUCAGAAGAAGGUGACGACGACGACAACCGCAGCUACAUAACUCCAACAAUACCAAUGGACGUUGACACAAACCUCGCUACUUUAGAAGAAGACUGUGGUCCUCAGCUGGAACCAUUCACAAAGAAUGAACGUUUGCGUGCUGCUGUUGAGGAAGAGGAAGGGUGUAGUUGUACGCCUACAAAUGAAGGCAAAGAAAUUGAAAUAAUCUACGACGACCCCAAGCAAUGGCCUGAAAAUUUUCGAUCUGAUGCAGUACGUUGUAAACUUGUUGAACGAGGUCCUCAAACUGUUGACUUAAAAAGCUUUAAAUUUCCCUGUACAGAUGAUGGAAGGCACUUUUCCCGCAAUUGGUUUUUUAAAACUAUAAGAAAUGGUGAAACUGUACAAAGGCAAUGGUUGUUGUAUAGCCAAUCUAAGGAUACACUGUUUUGCUUCCCUUGUCUUUUAUUUAAAGACGAUAAGUCAGCUUUCUCGGAUGUAGAAAAGGGGUUUAAUGAUUGGAAACACCUCAAUCCAACACUUCACAAUCACGAAAUUUCAGCAUCUCACCUACAAGCAUAUGGCGAUUGGAAAGAACUAGCUACCCGAUUGCAAACUGGGCGUACAAUUGACGCAGAGAACCAAAAAUGCAUAAAAGCAGAAGCUGAAAAGUGGCGCAGUGUUCUCAAGUGUAUCGUAGAUGUAAUUCUUCAUUGUGCCAGGAAUAACUUACCAUUGAGAGGGGGUUCUGACUCUAUAAAUGACAAAAACUGUGGUGUAUUUUUAAGUACUCUGGAACUCAUCAGUCACUACAAUCCUCAGCUAAAUGAGCAUAUAGCUAAUGUAAAAAGUGGAAAAUAUGUCCCAAGCUAUUUCUCUCCAAAGAUACAGAACGAGGUUAUUGAGAUUUUAGGUAAAAAGGUUAGGUCUGAAAUAUUGCAAGAUAUCAAAAAUGCCAAGUACUUCUCAAUUAUGUUUGACUGCACCCCGGAUACAGCACGUUUAGAGCAGACGAGUCAAAUAAUUAGAUAUGUAAAAAUUGUGGAUGGAGAGUGUGUAAUAGAAGAAAGCUUUGUUGACUUUAUCAUAAGUCAUCAGAAAACUGGAAGAGGUUUAUCUGAAGAAAUAUUGGACAAGCUGAUGAACGACGGCUUAGAUAUCCAGAACUGUCGGGGGCAAGGCUUCGAUAACGGUGCAAAUAUGGCUGGAAAAUAUGAAGGUGUCCAAGCUCAUAUAUGCCAGCUGAACGACCUUGCCAAAUUUAUUCCUUGUUCAGCUCAUAGCUUGAACCUAGUUGGCGUGCACGCAGCAGAAGUGUCAGUUCUAAUGAUGAAUUUUUUUGGAAAAGUGUUGGAGUUUUUUAAUUUCUUUAGUAGUUCUACAAUACGUUGGGAAGCCUUACUUGAUUGUGUAAAAACUACCCUGAAGAGACAUUGUGAGACAAGAUGGUCUUCUAGACGACAAGCCGUUACAGCACUGCAGAAGAACUUGCCAUCAGUAUUUAAGGUGCUACAAAACAUGGCCGAUAGAAGCAACAAUUGGAACUCUGACACUACAUGUGGUGCUACAAACCUGUUAAGACAAAUUGAUUUCGAAUUUGUAUGCCUCCUAGAGAUUUGGACUGAUGUGUUGAUCAGUUUGGACUGUACCAACAAAUCACUACAAGGAAAGACUGUCACUCUUGAUGUAGCAUCAAGUUUACUAUCUGGCUUGGCAAAACAGAUUCAACAUCUACGAGAACAAGGUGUACAAAAGUACAUAGACAAUGCCAAACUAAUCUGUACUUCUAUGUCCAUCGACAGCAGUUUUGCCGAAAAACGACUAAGAAGGGUCAAGAAAAUGUCUGGGGAGAUGGCUGAAGAUGAAGCGCAUUUAAUUAGCUCUGAAAAAAUCUUUGAAAGAGAGUGCUACUCUGUAUUUGACAAACUUAUGAGUGAAAUGGAUAACAGAUCCCAUAUUUAUCACAACAUUUCUUCUGACUUCAGUUUCUUGUCUGGCAAAUCUUUAAGUAGGAACUCUGUAUGUGACCUUCAAAAAUGUGCAGCGGACUUGGGUGUCAAAUACAGCAGAGACAUUGACACUUUUGAACUAGUAAAUGAAGUAGCUGCUUUUAAGUUCCAGGCAAAAGAGCUUGUAAAAGACUUGGAGAAGGCAUCUCACUUGGAUCUCUUAAAGGCCAUUUCAAAAUACGAGUUGAAAGAUGCUUAUCCAAAUGUAGAAAUAUCCUUACGGAUAUUUUUAACGAUGCCUGUCAGUGUUGCAUCUUGCGAGCGUAGUUUCAGCAAGCUCAAGAUAAUUAAAAACUACUUGAGAUCGAGCAUGUGCGAAACUCGACUGACAAAUUUGGCAAUUUUAUCAAUCGAGUAUGACAGAGCAUCCAAAAUUGAUUUCAAUGAAGUAAUCAAUAAGUUUGCUCUCGUUAAAGCAAGGAAAGUGCAAUUAUUGUAA